GUCAUGUUGUUUAUAACCUCAAAACAAAACAAUACAAUUGGUAAUUUGGGAAAUGUUAAAUAGUAAUGUUACAUAUUUUUUGAUUUAUUGAAUAUUUAGUCGUUUAUAUCGCCGUAUUUAUCAAUUGUAUGUAAAAAUGAGUAGCAGUGAGAGUGAGGAUAACUAUGACAACUCCGAGCAAACUGAAGAUCUCAACGACGGGGAACGUACUGCUAUCAGGUCCGAGUUGUCGACUCUGUCGUUCGAGGAACUACAAAAGCUAAAGGAAAGAAUUGGAGCCAAAGUGUACAAGGAAGCUAUAUUUGGAAAAAAAGAUGGCAAACUGAUUCCGCUAAACCAAAGGUCUUUAAAAGGGAAAAUAAAAACAGACCCCGAGAAAUGAGCUCUAAGAAACCUGUGUCGAUGAUGAUUGACGUGCCAAAAGCAAGGAAGAAGGAAAUUCGUGAUCCCAGAUUUGAUCCUCUCUGUGGAGAAUUCAAUAAGAAACAGUUUUCCGACGACUACAAUUUCCUAACAGAAAUGCGCAUGAAUGACAUCAAAGCCACUAGGGCCGAGUUACGGGAGACCACAGACCCGGAGAAGGCACUCAAACUGCGCCGGCUCCUGCAGAGGCUGAACGAACAGCACAAAGCCAGCAGAAUGAAGAAGAAGGAGAGAAUGGAGAUGGAGAUGCAGAAGAAACAGGCUGAAAAGGAAGUUAGCGAGGGGAAACAGCCUUACUAUAAAAAUAAAUCUGAAAAACGUGUAGAAGCCCUAGUUUCUCAAUUCGAGGAGCUCCGCAAAGAAGGCGCCACUCGCGUCCAGAGACACAUAAAGCGACGUCAACAGAAGGUCAAACGGCGCUCACACAAGGCACCUACUGGCGUCAGCUGACUCCUCUGAUGAUUAUCUGCUUUCUUGUAUGUAAACUUUAAUUAAACUAAGACCUAAUGCA